AGCAGAAGCUAAAUUUUGCAAACGAAAAUUUCUCCGCAUUCAAGCAUUGUUUGACUCUAUUCGUUUAACUUUAUCUGUCAUUCUUUUAUUUUUUGUUUGGUGAUAAAAGAGAAGAGAAGUGCUGCUCAGCAGAAAACAGAAAUCAGCGGAAACUCUCUGCCUGCAGGGCACGUUCCCACAGCCAAAUAAGCGGAGCCAUGUUGGGUUUUCUAGCAGAAGGAAAUGCAGAAAAUUAUUGUAUUUGUUGAAAAGAAUUAGACGUUUGAAGUCAGUUUUCACUUAACAUAGCAUCUUGUUCUUAUCAUUCGAACCAUGUGCUUAAUUUUGUAAGGAAGUUAUGUGUGAAUUUUCUGGGAGUAAGGUGGAAAUAUAAAGGCAAUAUCUUGAAGAUGUUUUCGUGAAAUUACUUUAAUACCAGUUGUAGCGCAACUCGGUCAGGGCACGAAAAUGGACGGGCACUCUCAGGUUGAUGGAAGCCACAGUUACAUUACUGUCAUUCCUGUUGACUAUUCUCGAGGGCGUGGGUACGCUCAGCAAUCGCCAGAUUACCUUGAUCAAUAUGUCGACUACUCUACGGAAAGAGCCAGGGAUGAAUACAUACGUGGGGACUACAACAUCAACUCUGAAUCCCAGUAUGAUAAGCUUAGCGGAUUGUAUGCACCACCUGGGUAUGAGAGAGACAAAACUCAUUCUCAUGUAGCAAUAGACAGAGAAGCUAUGGAACGUGAGGGGAUGGAGAGGGAUCGUGCAAGAGAUCGGUCUCAACUAGCUCAAAUUGGUGAUACUGAAUGGGAACGAGAAAGAGAGCGCACACAACACCGUCAUAUUCAGCAUGAUAGAACAGAGAGAGAGCGAUGGCAACAUUCAUACCUACCCACAAAUACUAUUGACCGAGAAAGAGAGAGAGAAAGAGAGAGGGAGAGAGAACGGGAACAAAGAGAAAAAGAAAGAGAGGAUGAAUGGGAAAGGGAGAGGGCUGCACACAUGGCGAGUAAAGUUCAAGUGCCUGCAGAUUCAUGCAACAUGGGAAUGAGUGGAAUGAAGGACAAUAGUAGUGCUGUCCACAAUGAACCUGCAGUGGAGAAAGUUGCAUUACAGCCCUUCUUAAAUCUAGGAUCUAGAGGUGCCCCCUUGUGUGUCUACCUAAUGUCUCGAGUGGCAUUGCACAUGGAGCUGGAGGACAGAGAAAGUACUACAACAGCUGAACUUAUGACAGCAAUUUUUCAAGAGAAUGAAUUGGGUCUCCCCACCACUGCUGGUGCCCUUUUCUCUUUGUGGAUGUGUUCUGGGUUGCUGGAGCUUCAGUUAAAACCUCAGCAUAAGCCAUUUGAAAUUAGACGACAAUGGUCUUUGCUGCUGAACCAGUAUUGCAGUGUCUCAGAAUCACGCAUUGAAAGGGAUGAGCCAAUUCUAUCAUUCCAAAGGAAUGUUUAUUUCCCUCGCAGGGAAGAAGAAAAAAUCAAGGACCACAAGUGUUUGACACUUCUGUACGAAGAAGCACGAUAUAAUAUUCUAGAAGGCCGAUAUCCCUGUGAAAUGAGUCAUUAUUUGAUGCUUGGAGGAAUUCAAGCUCGCAUUGAACUUGGUCCAUACAAACCAGAAGAACAUACAACCCAGUACUUCAGGGAACACAAGGAUAAAUUUCUACCUGCCCAUGUUAGAAGAACAUCAUGGUCCUGGCUACCAAUAAGUGGAAAAAACUCUCCAGAAGUACGACUUCUAGAACAUUACAAGAGAAUACCCAAUAAUAUGUCUGAUAGACGUCUAAUUAGAAAAUAUCUUGAGUUUUGUUGGUCUCUGCCUUACUAUGGGAGUGCCUUUUUCCAAGGACAGAUAGAACAGCCUCUACGAGGCCUCACUUCAUUGGUCACUCACCAGGAUGUGCCUGUUCUUGUUGCAAUCAACUCUCAAGGAGUUUAUGUCAUUGACGACAUCCAAAGUGUUGUUCUACUUGGUCUUAAGUAUGAAGAGCUAUCUUGGGAAUUUGCAAAACCCUCAUCACCUCAGGAGGGUAAUGUUAACUGCUUACCAUGCCUUUUCUUGCAAUUCAUGGUGGUUGAAAAUGGGGCUCGAGUAUCAAAAAUUUUGCAAGUGUUUUCUAAACAGGCUCUUAUGAUGGAUGCUUUAAUAUCAGUGUUUGUGGAGGAAAUAAAAAGAAAAACAGCAGCUGGCAAUUAUAAUGAUGAAACUGAUAGACCUGUGUAUGAUACAGCAACUGACAGUGAUGACACCCAGAUUCCUCUCACAAUGAUGAGCAGGCGGGAGUUGCCACAAUCUUGCAUUAGUAACAAGCUAAGCAAGUUAACUUUGGCAACCUUUGAUGAGGAAGGUCGAUGCAUUGGGCAGUCAGGGUCAUGGUCAUUUAGCUACUGAUUGUGACUUUCAACAAACGUAACUUUUAUUAGACUCCAAGGCAUGUUUGUUCCCUAGCUUGGAAUUUCCCUUUCUGCAUUUGAAUAUUUUGAGAACUUGUGUGUUUAUAGGUUCAAUUCAAUAUAUUUUAUUAGAUCUCAAGUGCAAAUUUACUCCUAACUACAAGUGUACAAGUGUAAUGGGAAGUCGUUUCACUCAUCCUUGAAACUAAAAUCGUUUUUCUGGAGAUUUGUAUCUCUCAAAGGGCUCGUGGUUUGUACAUAAAUGGAAGUCAAAUGUGCUGCUGGUCAGUUUGAAAGUAUCUCAUAUGCCAUUGUAUUGUUAAUCUCUCCUCACAUCAUGGUGAGAAAAAUUGUGAAGCCUUCUCUUUCUUUUAUCGAUGUGUGUUUGAUUCCAUCACAUUGCAGCCUGACCAAUUAGCUUGAUGGCUAAUCUUUUAAGCUUAAAAAAGUUCAGCUUAGCCUUAUUUUAAGUGUGAUUCCUUUCUUUUUAAAAAAGAAAACAUUUAUGUUAGUUACCAUUUUAACUUUGUUUUAUAAUUCAUUGUUAUUUUCAUCACAUUUUAUUUUGCUGUUGUUAGAUGUAAGGCCAAUCAGUUUAAUUUUAUCUUAAGACAUUUUUUGUUUACUUAUUCUCUUUUGAUUUUUUUCUUUGUUUAAUGUAGUUUCAUGUGUAAUACCUGACCAUAUCUGUUAAAGUUUUUAUUUUGAUUGAUGACUGUGCUCAGUCUGAAUAGAUAUAUUUGACUCCAAAUGACUAAAUUAAGAUCUAAUUAGUAUUCUUGCAUAUUAAUGUAAGAAAUUUAUCUGUGGUCUGAAUUUGCACAUGAACGUGCCAGAUAGUUUGUGAUGUUUGUUUAGGAAAAGUAAAACAUAUUGGACACAGAAGGGUUUUAAUAGCAUGGGAAACAUUUUAAAGCAAAAUUUCUUAAGCACAGAUUGUAGAAAUAAACAGCUAACAUGGUGAUGCUUUUAAAAUAAUAUUCCAAGGAUUCCAAUUGAUGCUUGGUGAUGAUCUCAAAUGUAAUUCUCAUAAAACGAACGCUCUCGUUUGGGCCGGAACAAAUACCACAACAUCUAGACCACCUGGAGAGCUCCGUCAUUCCUUUCUGUUCAUCAGUAUUAUUGUAAAUUAUUGUGAUUAAAGAUCCAACAUGAA